UUCCGGGCACAGUCUGUGCCAGCAUGAGGGGUUCACCAGGCUGACAGGGCCGCACGUGGGGCCACGGGGAGCUAGGGAGGAUAUGAGACUCUGGGAGACUCUGGGGACAUGGAGCUCUCCCAGUUUAUGGAGGAAGGGACAGAAAGAAGAGCAGCAGGGACCUGGGCCACACCUGCAGCUGCCCACAAGGCCACUCUCCCGCAGGACUGGGGAGGCCGGAGGGGAGCAGCGUCCCUCAGCCAGGAGGAAGUGCCAGGCCCUCAUCUCCAUGGCCCAGCCCCAGGACCCAGCAGAGGGCAGCCUCCCAACGGGGGACCCCAACCCCUCUGAGGGCACUCCAGGAACCAGCCAGGCCCCUGGCAGCCCAGCAGCCACCCAGCGACGAGCGCUCCUCCGGGAGCUCGAGGCCCAGGUGCAGGCAGCCUACGGGCAGGACCCCUGGCAGUGGCUCGGCUCCCCACCAAGGGGCUCCUACCCCAGCCCCAGCUCCAGCCCCAAGGAGCAGGGGGCCCCCAGGCCAGGCAUCCAGGGCUACUCAGUGCUCAGCAGCCUGGUGGGGCCUGCCUGCAUCUUCCUGCGGCCCAGCAUUGCCGCCACCCAACUCGUAUGUACGGCCACCCGCCCACCAGCCUGCCUGUCCUUACCCCUGUCAUGCCAGCCCGCCUGCCCUUGCCCCUCACCUGCCAGUCCACCUGCUCUUGCCCCUCGCUUUGCCUCUCCUGGAGCUGGGGGGAAGAGGAUUGAGUGGGGACAUCAGAGAAAGGGACACAGAUCUGGGGUGGGGGUGCAGAGAGAGGAGAGCGCAAUGACCCCAGAAACGGAAGAGAUCAACGGUGACACUGAGGCUGGUGGGACCAAGUCCGAGGUUCUGCCCAAACCCCAGAUCCACCACCAGCAAAGGGAGCACCCUGCCCCAGAAGAGGGUGACGAAGACCGGGAGCUGCGGCCCGAGGAGAUUGAAGAGCUGCAGGUCGCCUUCCAGGAGUUUGACAGAGACCGGGACGGCUACAUCGGCUGCCGGGAGCUGGGUGCCUGCAUGCGGACCCUGGGCUACAUGCCCACGGAGAUGGAGCUCAUCGAGAUCUCACAACAAAUCAGACCCCCAGGUGGCGGGAAGGUGGACUUUGAAGACUUCGUGGAGCUGAUGGGCCCCAAGCUGCUGGCAGAGACUGCAGACAUGAUCGGCGUCCGGGAGCUGCGGGACGCCUUCCGGGAGUUCGACACCAACGGGGACGGCCGCAUCAGCGUGGGCGAGCUCCGGGCGGCCCUCAAGGCCCUGCUGGGGGAGCGCCUCAGCCAGCGGGAGGUGGAGGAGAUCCUCCAGGACGUGGACCUCAAUGGGGACGGCCUGGUCGACUUUGAAGGUACCCCCUGCCGCAGGUAGCAACACACGCCCUGGAAGGCUCCUAGCAGAUAAGAAACUGCACAGCAAGCAUCACCACUGUGCACCAGACCCUGUGCCACGCACCCCAAUGUCCUCUCCUAGUUAAUCAUCAUGCAGAACCCGAGAGGAAGGAAUUGUUAUCCCCAUAGGCAGGAGAAGAAAGUCCUUUCUCAGGAAAGCCUAGGCACUAAGUAAAAGCAGGUAGAUGGAGCCAAGAUUUGAAUCUGGGCAGCCUGAUCCAGAACCCAGCUCUUCCUCUAUGCUGCAUUUCCAUAAAGGAGGAAAAUGAUUAAAUAGUAAUAGAAGCCAUGUGGAAAUGCAUUCCCAUAAGUAGGCCCCAAAGUUGCUCCUGAGCUUCCUACCUGUCAAAACAAAAAGGAAAACAAGUUCCAUUACAAGGGUUUGUUUGUUUUUUCCCCCAUAAGACAAAGCCCCCUCUUCCUGGCCCUGAGACCUAUUCCCUAUCAGAUCCAGAGGAUGCCCUUGAAGACCCUCCCCUCAACCACACUCCCACCCACCCCAAGGCCUGCAGAUGGUCCUCACUCCUAGUGCAGUCCAGAGAACAGACCCAAAACCCUGGCUUCAUCCUGGCAGAGUUUGUGCGAAUGAUGUCUCGGUGAGCCUGUACAGAAGCUGGAGGCAGCAGACAGGACUCAAGGACCACAGCCUCUGCCCACCAGCAUGUUCCUUGAAGCCCAUCGCCUCCAGCAGGGACGCCCUCUCCUCCCCAUCCCACCUGUAUGCAGUGCCCUUGCCUGCCUUCACCCCCACCACCACUUCUCCAAUAAAGCUGCCUGGCCUCGUCUCUGUCUCUCUGACAGUGAAAUAUCUCCAAGCCUG